AUGAUGAGCACCACAUCGAGCCAGCACAAGACCCCGAGGGUUCUGGCUUGUGUUCUCUGCCAACAUCGCAAGAUCAAAUGCGACCGCAACACCCCAUGCUCCAACUGCAUCAAGGCCAAUGUCUCGUGCACACCAUCCACACCAGCUCCUGCACGGAAGAGGAGGAGGCCCAACCAGGACUUGCAAGAGAGGUUGGCGAGGUGUGAAGCUCUGUUGAAGCAAUAUGCUGCCUCUCCAACAACACCACCCGCGGGCCCACCCACUAACUCGACGAUAUUUUCCCCUCCAUCACAAGCACAACCGACUCCCUCGUCGACAGGCCCAUCCCCGAGUAUACCCCAGCUGCCACUACCUUCAGGCACAGCAUCGGUUGUGGAAGAAGUUGGCUCACCCGCGACAACAUCAUGGAAACCCGCUGGUAAAGUAAUAGUCGAGGAUGGUAGCGUUCGAUUUAUGGACAGCUACCUGUGGGCAACUGUUCACGACCAGUUGACGGCUAUGCGACAAAUCAUCGAGGCCGAGGAGGAGGAGCAAAGUGUACUAGGUUCCGAUGCCGUUACUCCCGACGACAAUGUGGAUCUUUUGCUCAACGACAUAGCUGCCAUCGAUCUCGAAGACGUCACUCCGUCCCCCGUCCAGAUCUUCAGACUAUGGCAGGUGUUUUUGGAGCGGGUGAACCCCAUCACCAAGCUCAUUCACGUGCCAACUCUGCAGCCGCUCGUAGUCGAAGCCGCCGCGAACCAUUCUAAUGUCGCGAACAACGCGCAGACAUUGCUCUUCUCCAUCUACCUCGUCGCAACACUUACCAUGACCGAAGCCGAAGCUAGGCAAAUGUUGGACUCUUCAAAGGAGGACGCGCUGAAGAAGUUUACCGCUGGUGUGAAGGCAGCGCUGACCAAGGUUAACUUCCUCAAGAACCACGACAUGAUGACGCUGCAGUCUCUGAUUCUUUACCUGAUCUCCCUUCAGGGCCGAUACAACCGUCACGCGGCUUGGGUGCUCAGCGGCAUCUUGAUACGGAUUGCGCAAAAGAUGGGCCUGCAUCGUGAUGGAGACUCUCUCAACCUGGUUCCGUACGAGACCGAGAUGAGGCGACGACUCUGGUGGCAGAUUAUCAUGCUCGACACGAAGUACGCGAUGGUUUCUGGGUUCUGCGACACGCUACUACCGUGGAAUUGGGAUACGAAAACGCCGCAAAACGUAAACGACGCCGAUCUGUACCCCGGGUCCACGGAACCCGUCCAACCCCGAGACGGGCCCACCGAGAUGGCAUUCUGCUUGCUCCUGUACGAAGUCGGCCGAUUCAUCGUCGAAAACCGAAUCCCCGAUUUCGAGGCCGUCGUGCUGGGCGCCAUGGAGAACGAGUCGCUGGAAUCGCAGCUCGCGAACCAGGCGACGUUGGCCAAGUACCGCGUUCUGGUCGACAACCUCGAUGCGAGGCUCAUCGCCCUCGAGAAGCAAUACUGCGAUCCCUUGGCGGGCAACAUCCACAUCGUCGCCACGAAGAUCAGGUCCAUGGUCACCGACAAGAUGCGCGCCAUGAUGAUCCCGAUGCGCGAACUGCCCGAAUGGGGCACCGAGAUCUUCAACGUGCAGGACAACAUGUUCAGGAUAUCCCUCAUGCACCACGAGCACAACGUCGAGCUGUACGAAUUCAUGGAGAACACGGGCUUCGUGUGGUUCUUCAAGCUGCACUUCCAGAUCGACGUCUUCAUCGUCAUGGCCGGUCAGCUCUACAAGCGACCGACCGGCAGGCUCGCCGACCGCGCGUGGAAGGUCAUCGACCGGGUAUACAGGUUCCACGAGGAGCUCUGGGACAUGACCAAGAAGGAGAACGCGCAGCUGGGCGUCUACAUGCUCAAGGCGUGGCGGGCGCGCGAGCGGGCCCUGGCGCAGACCGGCAUGCCCUACGAGACGCCGCUCGCCGUCCCCCGGCUGCAGGACAUCGUGCCCCAGUCGAGCUCGGAGGUGUCGUCGGCCGGACCAUCCCCCGCGCAGCCCAUGAAGAUGGAGAUGCCGCCGCGGCAGGAUCAGCCCAUGGACCAGUUCCUUGGAAACUUCCUCGAUACCACGAACUUCUAUGACCUGGACAUGUGGGCGGACCUGGGCGUCCCGAAUGGCAACGUGAACCAGCAAGCCGCGGCCAACAUGUUCGGGACCUUUGGGAACUUUGGCCAGCCGCCAACGGGUAGAUGGUAA